GCCCUACAUAUUCAUUACCCUUGUUGUAUUUCAGAAAUAUAUGUACUGUUAUUCGCUCUAUUGAAGGAGUACCUCGCCUUAACACAAAACCGUCCAUCUGUCUUUAACGUCACUCUGCAGUUUUAUAUAUCAUUAUUAUAGUAGAUAAUCUAUCACUUAGGUGACCAUUAACCAUGAAAAAUGUACCUGCCCUCUGCAUUUGCGCCAGCUUCAACCGCACUCAGAUCAUUUCUGACAUCAUCGGCACAGACAUCUUCCCCGACCACUUUCUGUGCUCGAAAGAUGCCGCCACAGAGUUCGCGGAGGUAAAGGCGUCAGGUCGCCCCGUUGUCCUCGUGGUUCUUGGGCCUCUGGGCUACAGCGGCAUCAAGCUGCUCACGGACGACUACGACAAGCCGCAGAGCGAGCGCCGCGUGAAGUGGAUUCACAGCUGCUCCGCGGGCCUCGACUGGUACCGCUUUGGGGAGCUUCAGAAGGAAAUUCAGGGGAUUCCGAUUACCACCGGCAAGGGUGGCUACAACGCCCUGCUCGCUCAGCACGUCGUAUACUCGAUCCUUUACUUCGCCCGCCAGACGGCACACCAGCAGCGCAACCGCGCGGCCAAGAAGUGGGACCCGUUUGAGCUCGAGGAGACCCGUGGCCUGCAGGUGGGCAUCCUCGGUUACGGCGAGAUCGGCCGCGAGACGGCGAAGAUGUUGCAGCCCAUGUACAUGGAUGUGACGGGCGUGAAGCGGAACCAAUCCGCGGAGACCGAGGAUGAGUACGGCGCGAAGCUCGUCAGCGGCGACGAGGAACGUGACCGUGUGAUUCGUGAAAGCGACAUCGUGGUCAACAUCCUCCCUGCAACGCCGGAAACCGAGGGGAUGUUCGACCUGGAGCGCUUCAAGACGAUGAAGCGGAGCGCCAUCUACAUCAACAUUGGUCGUGGUGCUACGCAGGUUGACAACGAGCUGGCAGAGGCGAUCUCGACCGGCGUGAUUGCCGGUGCGUCACUGGAUGUGUUCCAGCAAGAACCUCUCCCGCUGGCCUCGCCGCUGUGGGAUAUUGACGAUGACAAGAUCCUGCUCACCUCGCACAACGCAUGCCUGACGGAAAAAUCGUUCCGUGACACUAUCGGCCUUUUCACGAAGUACGCGAAGGAGUACAUGACAACAGGAAAACUCAACGCCUACCUGGCGGAUGCCAAGCUGGGCUACUAA